CAGACGUCUGUUGCAACGACGACAUCAUUCGCAGGAUUCGGGCUGGCCUUACGCUGCAGCUUCAUAUCCCGAGCUACAGCCCAUCACCGAUUCCGAAUCCAACUCGACUAGUGACGGAGACGCGUACUCGUCGUCUCCAGCCUCCAACUCAAAGCUGGCUUCAACAUACGCAAGGCGCCCCCCGGCGCUCGAUCAGAUCUCGCCUCCAAGCUCACCAGAAACUGGCGCUUUCAAGAAUGUACUCGUGUGUCUUCAACAGCUUGCUGACAAAGAGCCGCCCAUUCAGCGCACCCGUCUCUCCAAUCGAUGAAGAUGACGCCGGUUUCCAUCGAGAGUAUCCUUUGCAGGGGCAUCAACAGUCCCAGCCGUUCACGACACAGCUCCAGACGAGCAAUGGCCCCGUCCAAGCGCAGUAUAUGCCUUACCAGCCAGCUGUGGACGUGUACGGCGCGUCUUUUGAGAACCCAAGAAGCGUUAAAGACAUACCGAUUCCCUUAUUUGAGAACCCAAGAAGCAUCAAGGACGUACCAAUACCACAUGGCUCAUUGCCGCGAAGUAACAAGAUGCGCUUGCACUUGACGAGUGAAAGUUCGGUUGCACAAAGAUUCCGCUUCCUCGCCAAGGGCAAGUCGGAGUCACCAGAGCCUUUAACGGAGCGACCACGAAGUAGGGCAGCGAGCAGGGCAGGGAGCAGCAGGCCGGGGAGCAGCAAGGGCAUCGGCGUCGGCUACAACGGUCUUCGAAACAUAUCGGCUCCCAUUCCGCAGUCCCAGCCGGCCUUUAUGAUGGACUCGGCUCCACGCCAGCAGAUGUUGACGGACCGUGACCUCCUGCCCUCCAUACAGGCGCGGAAGCCAAUGGACACGACAAGCCCGGUAGCUCGGGUGCCAUCCUAUGACGCCUACACCAUUGACGCCGGCAACAGUGCUAACGUUCCUGUAACGUCGCCGCCAAAUGACCAGGACUAUCCAACCCCGCCAUCUAUGCAUCCAGCCCAGCAGCAGUCACCUGUCGACCCCAAUUGGACGCCUACAGGACCCAAAAUCAUUAAAAGGAAGCCAGCGCAGAACCAGCACAACCAGCCUUCAGCGCCCACCAACCGCUCGAGUUCGAUUCCGGCCUCCCUCCUUGCUCGUCAUCCGCCAGCGGCGGCCGCAGCCGCAGCCGCACCUCCACCUCAAGCACAACCUCAAGCACGACCACAGCCACAGCCGCAACCCCACCGCGAACGGUCCUAUGCCGACGAGGCGUCGAUGAAGCCUGCGCCGCUCUUCGCUCAUACCACUCGCAACACUUGGAACACGGAGAUCCCUUGGCAGGCGGUAGGGGAGCAAACGCCCGCAAAUACGCCGCCCGACGCGCCCUUCUUGAGCCGUCAAAACCCCGACACUAGGCCUGAUCCUGAGCCCAGCCAUACGACUACGACCGUGGGACACGGCGUGCGCACGUCUAGCCUCUACGAGGCUUAUGCCCAGAUGCCUCGCAUGCCACCGCCGAGCGAGCCACCCCCAAGUAAACCAGCCGACAACGAGGCCAGCAGCAGGACGAACCCUCCUAAGCAUAAGCCUACGAUGUCUACUACCAAGCCACUCCCUCCUGCACCGCCAGAGUUGGCUUCUUCGUCGUCCGAUGAUAGGAUUGCUCAAUUGAACACCACUCUCGCGAGCUUGGCUCAUCGCAAGGUCAACAUCAACAAAAGCAUCCAGCAGAUGACAGAGCUCAUGCCGCGAGACAACUUGAUGGCCAGCGCAGAAGUGCUCCGGAAGAGGGAGAUUGAGAAGCAGAAAGUGGAGGGGCUGAAGAAGGAGCUGGCCGAGAUCCAGCUCGAAGAGUACGACUUGGGCUUGAAGCUGCAUAGAGCAUAUAAGCGCCUUAACAGGGGUGCAGAUUACGAGCCAACCACUCUCUGGGUAAGGAGAGUGAAUACCUGA